ACUGCGAUUCCACGGAGCCAAACGGCAGGGGAGCAAUUCGUGUGAGCAUAGGACUUUACGAGUCAGUAGACUCCUAGGAUCGAUACUUCCACCUGAUCGAUGGCAUCGGCUCGCUACGUCACGCUCCAGGUGCUGGUCACGCUGGCCCUGGCCACGGCGCCCUGGGUCGUUCUCUCAGACCCGCCGCCGCUUCAGGACUUCUGCGUGGCCGACCUGACGGGCACGACGUCGCUCGACGGGUUCCCGUGCAAGCCAGCGGCGUCGGUGGUGGACGACGACUUCUUCUCGGGCGCCAUGAUCUCCGCGGGCGACACCGGCAACCCUUUCGGCGUCAACUCCACACGCGCCACGGUGUCGGCCUUCCCGGGCCUGAACACGCUGGGGCUCUCCAUCACGCGCACCGACCUGGCCCCAGGCGGCCUGAACCCGCCGCACUCGCACCCGCGCGCCUCGGAGCUCGUGCUGGUGCUCAAGGGCGAGGUCAUGGUGGGCUUCACCUCCGGGCUCAACCGGCUCUACUCCAAGGUGGUGAAGGAGAACGAGCUCUACGUCGUGCCCCGCGGCCUGCAGCACUUCCAGCUCAACGUCGGCACCGGCGACGCCGUGUUCAUGGCCAUGUUCGACGCACAGUCCCCCGGCGUCAUCGUUCCGACGUUCUCGCUCUUCUCCACCAAGCCGGCCAUGCCCAUGGAGGUGCUCACCAAGACGUUCCUCAUGGACGAGGACGAAAUCAGCGCCCUCAAAACCAAGUUCGCCCCAUUCUGAGUUUCUGACCCUGCAUGCUAUUGGUGUUCGAUCCGAGCGGUUCAGCUGCUGCUGAUGCUACCCACUGGCCAGUACCCCUUUUCGUUUUAAGCGUGUGUAUGGCGUUGUCUAUGUAUCCGACCGACUUUCUUCCGACUAAUCGUUUUAUGUGUUUGCUUU